AUGGCUUCCAAAUCAGCAUGGAGGGCUCUCACACAACAGCCUCUGCGGCCUGCAGUACGACAGGCUGGUUAUCGAUGCUUUUCCUGCUCUGCUCGAUAUGCACAGCAACCUCAGCAGCCUCCGCAGCCUCCUAAGCCGUCCUCUAGCUCCGAGAAGACAACGCAUUUUGGUUAUGAGACGAUUGCCGAGUCACUCAAGGAAUCAAAAGUUGGUGCCGUCUUCUCGUCCGUCGCGUCAUCAUACGAUACCAUGAACGACUUCAUGUCCCUCGGCAUUCACCGACUCUGGAAAGACCACUUUGUUCGAUCAAUUAAUCCUGGAUCAGCAUCUCCAGGAUCCCCUGAAGGUUGGAAUAUUUUGGACAUUGCUGGUGGAACGGGAGACAUUGCAUUCCGCAUGCUCGAUCAUGCCACCAACAUCAACGGCGAUCACCGCACUCGCGUCACUAUUUCCGACAUCAAUGCCGACAUGCUGCGCGAAGGCAAAAAACGCAGUCUUGAUACCCCUUACGCAAACUCCGACCGUUUGAGCUUCCUCCAGGCGAACGCUGAGAAACUUGAUAUGGUCGAGAGCAACUCGAUUGACCUCUAUACUGUGGCGUUUGGAAUUCGAAAUUUUACGGACAAGGCUGCGGCUCUGCGCGAGGCUUAUCGUGUGCUCAAGCCCGGGGGUGUCUUUGCCUGUCUCGAAUUCAGCAAGGUGAACAACCCGGUUUUCAAUGAGGUCUACCAGCGAUGGAGCUUUGGCGCUAUUCCCUUGAUUGGGCACCUUGUCGCUGGCGAUCGUGACAGUUACCAGUAUCUUGUUGAGAGUAUCGACCGAUUCCCAAGUCAGGAGGAAUGGAAAGGGAUGAUUCAAGAAGCAGGUUUCAUGACCCCUGGAAAAGGCUACGAGGACCUCACGUUCGGUAUCGCUGCGAUCCACAAGGGCGUCAAACCCAGAAAUGCCUGA